AUGAAGGGAAUCGUCGCUCUCCUCCUUGUCGGCCUUGCCGCUGCCGUCCCCGUCAACAACGCUGAGCCCAGCGAGGACGCUCGCACUUCGCGUCCCCACCCCACUGGUCUCCCCAGCGGUCUUCCCACUGGAGGCUGGAGCAUUCCUCCUCUACCUUCCCUCUCGUGGCCCUCUGGAUCUGACUUCCCUGGCUUCCCUGAGCCAACUGGCCGCCCGACUGGUCGUCCUGGUCGCCCUACUGGCGGUCCUCGUCCUACCAGCCGCCCUCACCCCAGUGGUGGCCCGCGUCCCACUAGCCGUCCUCACCCAACUGGUCGUCCCACCGGUCGUCCCACUCCCCCCGGCAGUGACCUCCCCGAGCCCACUGAAGCCCCCCAAAUCUAA